UUUCAAUGAUGGAGAUUCUAGGAUGACGCUACUUGACUAAUUGGGCUUGAUUUGUAUAAAUGAGUGGACAUUCUGUAUUUCACCAAUAUGAAGGUCUUUCUAGAGGGGUCUUAAGUCCAGUUAAUUAUGUCAGAUGUCAACAAAUCAAUCAACACCUAGUCAAUAGACUAGGUUUAGAAACUAGCCUUCAGGGUCAUCAUGGUUGUGUUAACUGCUUAGAAUGGAACGAGCGUGGUUCCUAUCUUGCUAGUGGUUCAGAUGAUCGGCGUCUAAUUAUCUGGGAUCCAUUUGAACGUAAAUCUCUUUUAACAAUGAACACUGGUCAUAUGGCGAAUAUAUUUUCUGUUAAGUUCUUAUCUAGUCUAAAUGAGAAUCUGAUUGUAACGGGUGCAGCUGAUAACAAAAUUCGUGUACAUGACAUUAAAGCACUAGAAACUCGGCAUGUAUUUUCUUGUCAUUCAGGUCGCGUUAAACGAUUGGCGAAUACUCCAUCUGAACCAUUCUUAUUUUGGUCAGCCUCAGAAGAUGGGACCUGUAGACAGUUUGACCUACGAGAUCCUGAUCAGACUUCUGUAAAUAAACCAUGUAAUGUAUUAGUCAAUUUACGAUUUCAAGAUAACGUUUUUGCCGAAGCUAAGUGUAUUGCAGUAAAUCCAUUAAAGUCUGAAUUGGUUGCUAUCGGUGGGAAUGAACCAUUUGUACGAAUGUUUGAUCGGCGUAAAUUAACACUUUCUACGUAUGAUAGUGUUACACCACAGGAGAGAAUACAAGCUGCAUCAAGGAGAACCCCUAUAAACAUUCCAUCAAGCUCGCUGCCUUCAUUUCCCUAUGGUGCAGCUAAAUAUUUUGUUCCAUCUCAUCUACCUGGUAAAAUAUUAACUGAUGGUUUAGACAAUCAAACUUUCAGUGUAACAUCAGUCAGUUUUAGUUCAGAUGGUGAAGAACUAUUAGCUAAUGUUGGACGUGAUAAUAUUUAUCUAUUUCAUUUAGCUUCACAAAAUGAACCAUUUCAAUGUCAAUCAUCGUUUAAAUCAACUAAAUUAUUGUAUAGUUUAUCUGCAACUCAACCAAGGGAUAGGUUUCGUUCUUUUCGUAUUCCUACCUGGUUUCGUCCUUCAAAUAUGGGAUAUUAUGAUUCUUAUUCGGACCCUGAUCAAUCACGAGUUGUUAGAGAUCAAGUUGGAGCAGCUGAACGGAAUCAACAACGUUCUAACGCUGAUCCUCUGGAAAUAAUGUUGUUAAAUAUGGGUUAUAAUUUUCGUGGUCUUGAUUUUGAUUCUAAUAGAGCUAGAAGAUCGAGAAAUCGCGAUUGUACUGAUGAACGGAAUAACGAAGAAGAGAAUGAAUCCAGUGAAGAUGACGAUGAUGAUCAUAAUAAUAACCAUGACAACAUCAAUUUCGAAAGAGAUUCUUAUUCUGCACUGCAACCUUCUGGAAACGAAACGCAUACUAAUGCCAAUCAUCCUGCUGGAAGUCUUGACGACACAUUGCACAGUGAAUCUGUUCUGAAUAACGUGAAUUUAGUGAAUGAAAGCAUUGAAGGAGUUGGUCAAACUGAUAGUCAAAAACGUACUGGGAAUGAAUCCAUUGAUUUUUCUUGUCAGUUAGGUUGUUCUCAAGCACCUAAGCAAAAACGAACAAAAACAGGAAGUCUAACUGAUGAAGAAACCUCUUUUCAACCAUCAGUCGCUGCUAUCAUAUUCAAUAGUGAUUUGAGUUCUGAUGAUGAUGAGCCUAAUGCUACUUCAGUAGAGAAGAAUACACAAUGUAGACGUAAUCGUUCACGUCGAAUACAGUCUAGUCAUAGUCGACAUAUAAGACAUAUUCGUACACGAAGAAUACCAAUUAGUGCCACUUUUUCUGAUUCCGACGUUGUAACUACUCCAUGGUUAAUUGAUUUUUUCCCUAUUGAAGUUCAUUCAAUCAAUUCACAGUCAACAGUAAAUGAAACAUUAAGUGAGCGAGAAGAGCCAGGACAAGAGGAACGAAGAAAUACUUAUCGAGAGGAUGAUGAUAGAGACGAUGAUAACAGUAUAUCAGAAGUCUCUUGCACGUAAGAAUUUAUCAUUUUCAUUGUGAACUGUUCGGUACAUUUAAAAAAAACCCAUUCUUCCCGUUAAUGAGAAUGUAUAUCCUCAGGCCGAUAAUUCAGGGUACUUUAUUAAUUUUUAAAACAAACGCCAUCUUCUUUAGCAUGCUGUCCAAAUAAGUUGUGGUUCAAUAAAUUAUUCUUUCAGAUUAUGAUGCAAUGUAGCUUUGUAACUAAUUGCCGGUUCUUGUUAUCAUUUUUAAUUCACAACUCUUUCUUUAACAGACUGCUGAUAUCACGUGGUUGUCCAGGUGAAAGUACAUGGGAAAGUGCUUAAAUUCACAACUCCAAAUCUGAGUCAUACACACUGCUAAGUUUCUGUUCUGGUGAAUCGAGAUAAAAUGUCAGUUGAAUAACUUCUCUCCCCCACAUCCAUCUUCAUCCACGAUGUAUUCCAAAUAACGAUUGUUAAAAGAAAACAAUAUAUUGUGUUUUGCUGGCAUACUUUGAUGAUAAUUCCGCUAACUAAAUUCAUUAUUACCUAAUUUUGCUACUUUUUCUGUGUUGCUGAUCUCUAUUGCUUUGUGUUAUUGUUCUUUUUUUUAUGUUUUUGUUCAUUGUGUCCACUUAUAGAGUCUUUUAUUAAAUUUGAUAUAGUCAAAUUACGAUUCUUUUGUUCAUUGAGAAUUGUAUGACAUGGUGGUUAACUUAAUUGUUUGUACAUGUGUACUUAUUUGUUUUAGUAACUGGAAUUAACUGUAAACUACCACCUCUUAUUUCAUUUAAUUCAUAUUAAAAACAGACUGUUGUUCAGUUUUGUAAGUGUAAGAAAUACUUUUAAGCUAACGAUAUUAAUAAACUUAAUAAUUUGUGGAAUUUGUUUUGCAUGAACUUUUUAUCAAAUAUUUGUUAAUAUAAAGUCAACUUUUUGAAAAUGGUUUAAAUAUGUUCGUUAUUUACCAUUAUUAUUGUUAUUGUCAUUCAUAUGAAUACUAGUACCACUCCUGAGUAAUAUACCAAAACACGCAAUUGUUUCGAUCUUAUAAUAAAGUCUGGAAGUAAUUUAGCACUAAUUCUUAACUACUUUAAAUCUUAGUGAUUGACUUGUUGAAUACCAGGAUGAAAUAGUCUUUUAGGAUAGUGAUAAUGGUAAC